AUGACACCUCAAGGAACAUCGGGGGUCCCAAGGCAGGGGUGCAACUCCGGUCACCAACGUCCUAGCAGCUCCACUCUGGGCACCCACGCGCCUGCCGGGGCCCACCUGGCCCUCGACCUGGAGGCCUUCCGGUGGCCGGCCGCGUACCACGCCAAUCGUCUGUGGGAGCAGCUGCGGCAGUUCUGGGCCGACCACUUCUCGCGGCGCUUCUCGCCGCGGCGCCCGCCACUGCGCCGCAUCUCCUCCAUGUCCACCUUCUACCUCCUGGAGCACAGCGCGCGCCAGGCCGAGCUGGGCCUCAGCUACGACGCGCCGCGCACGCGCCUGGACGAUCGGGCGUUCGUGUUCCGCAGCGGCCGCUGGGCCGCGGAGGGCCAGCCGGGGCGCUCCGGGACGCCGUCGCGCCCGCCGACCGGCCCGGGCGGGAAGGCGCAGGUGCCGCGCGUCCGCAGCCAGGAGUUGCUGGAAGAGAACAACUACCUGCGGCUGCAACAGCAGGUGCUCAUGGACAUGCUGACCGAGACCACCGCGCGCCUGCAGCUGCUGGAGGCGGCGCUGGACCGCGAGGCCUGCUCAGCGGCCCCGGCGCGCGUUUGGCAGGCGCGCAGGCGUGGGCGGCGUGCUCGCAUAGCAGACCCCGUGACGCAAUAAAUCCAUGCGGCGCACGCGCGCCUCC